ACACUCGAUCAGUUGUUUUGGAUUCUGUUAUUUAAUUUUUGCUAUUGAUAAACUAUUUUAGGCUGAGGGGGGCACGUCUCCAGAUAACCUUCGAGCCCAAUAAACUCAACGUUGACGCAAUGGUGCGACUUUUCAACACUUUACGCAUGGCUUGCCAACGCAACCAGGAUACAGCCAACUUCGUCUUCAAUGGCAAAAAGAUUGUGGGAGUGGCGCUGAACUACAUGUGCGCUGUCAAGGCCAGGAAAGUGGCUGUGCCCACAGUGCCCCUCGUCUUCCUGAAGCCCACAAGUUCCUAUAUUCGCGAAGGAUCUCCCAUUGUCCUGCCCAAAGUGUUCAACAAGGUGGCCUAUGAAGUGGAGCUGGGCGUCGUCAUCGGUUCGCGCUGCAAAAAUGUGUCCAAAGAGCAUGCUAUGGAAUAUGUGGGUGGCUAUUGCCUGGCCCUGGACCUCACUGCCCAAUGCAAUCUGACGGCAGCACGCGCCACUGGCGGCCCCUGGACAUUGGGCAAGGGAUUCGAUACAUCAACCCCUGUAUCCUCUUUUAUACCCUUCGAUGCUGUGCAAGAUCCACAUGCGCUGCCACUGUGGCUGAAAGUUAAUGGAGAGUUAAAACAAAGCGGUUGCACAGCCGACUUGAUCUUCAAAGUGCCUGACAUUAUCUCCUAUGUAUCCAAGCAUAUGACGCUGGAAGAAAAUGACUUGAUACUAACGGGCACACCACAUGGAUCGGAAGCUUUUAAAGCAGGCGAUGUAAUCGAGUGCGGCUUAGCCGAUCUGGCUAACAUGAAGUUCAAGGUGUGUGACGAAUAAAUUGUCGGCCAUAUGACUUUAAAUUAAAUUUUUUAUGAUUUUCAAACUACUAUUAAAUUGACACUUAAAUUGCUGUUCUCUGAUAUGUGA